GCCGGCGCGGCGGGCUCCCGCGCUCCGCCAAUCACAGGCGCUGCUCGGGGCCGGGCUGCAGCCAGUGGCUGCGGCGGGCGCGGGGCUGGCGUGGCCCCCGCUGGCCGGGACGCUGCGCCGGCCUUGCGGCUGGCUGCGGGGCGCCCGGGGGAGCGCCCUGCCGCCGCGCCAUGGGCACGGUGCCGUCGGCGCUGAAACACUGCCUCAGCUACCAGCACCUCCUCAAGGAGCAACUGUGGAUCGGGGAGCCGGCUGCGCCGCCGCCUGCGGUUCCGCACCCCGGGCAGGAAUCUCAAGCAUCUGGACUGCCCGAGUACAUAAAGAUUGUAGAAGUUGGGCCAAGGGAUGGAUUACAAAAUGAAAAGGUUAUAGUCCCAACUGAUACCAAAAUUGAGUUAAUCAACCGGCUUUCCAAAACAGGCCUGCCUGCAAUAGAAGUGACCAGUUUUGUUUCCUCCAAAUGGGUGCCUCAGAUGGCAGAUCACAAAGAAGUAAUGAGGGGCAUUGAGCGGCAUCCUGGAGUUCAGUAUCCUGUUCUCACACCUAAUCUUCAAGGUUUUCAUUCUGCUAUUGCAGCAGGGGCUACAGAAGUCUCAGUAUUUGGUGCAGCAUCUGAAUCUUUUAGCAAAAUGAAUAUUAAUUGUUCAAUUGAAGAAAGCAUAGAAAAAUUUGAAGAAGUUGCUAAAUCUGCAAGGAAUAUGAAUAUUCCAGUGCGUGGGUAUGUGUCAUGUGCAUUGGGAUGCCCAUAUGAAGGAAACAUCAUACCAGCUAAAGUGGCAGAAGUAUCUAAGCGGCUGUACAGUAUGGGCUGUUAUGAAAUCUCUCUGGGGGACACAAUUGGUGUGGGGACUCCUGGAAGUAUGAAAAGAAUGUUGGAAGCUGUUAUGAAAGAAAUUCCUCUGAGUGCUCUUGCUGUUCACUGUCAUGACACGUAUGGCCAGGCGUUAGCCAAUAUCCUCACAGCUAUACAGAUGGGAGUUGCUGUAGUGGAUUCUUCAGUUGCAGGACUGGGUGGUUGUCCCUAUGCAAAAGGUGCUACUGGAAAUGUAGCCACAGAGGAUGUGAUAUACAUGCUUAAUGGUCUGGGGAUCAAUACAGGAGUAAAUCUUUAUAAAGUGAUGGAAGCUGGAAACUUCAUCUGUACAGCUUUGAACAAGAAAACAAACUCAAAGGUUGCACAAGUUUCCUUCAAUACUGGAACUAUCAAUUAAAUGGAUCUCACAGCUUAAUUACGUUUGUCAUCUACCUUGACCAAGGACAUUUAUAUCAAGAAAACAAAUAUAAGAAAACCAUUUCAGCAAAGAACCAAAAUAGAACCCAUAUAUAACUUUUUAUUUUGGGGAGAGUUACUCUACUGUACUAUCUUGUCAAGAAUUGUCUGAUUUGUUAGUAAGACAUAUAUGACUGUAGUACAGAACCCUAUGCUUGGCACUCCUACAGAUGAGAAAAAUGUAUAAACGUCAGGACAUUUUACUAUGUUUUAAAUUGAAUUUUAGUUCUUUUCAGGAAAACUGAAUAGAAGCAGCAAAUAUAUAGUUAAUUUUUAAUCAAGAUGACUUUUAGAACAGUACAAAUAUUUGCAGUAGUUUAUGAGAUCCCACACUGUGUGUGGCCAUUCUAUUAUGUGUUUUAUUUAUCUGAAUCUUUACUUUUCAUUUGUCAAGUCAGUUGUGUUAUGAACAUGGAGCCAAAUCUGAAUUCACCAUAAGAAUUUUUUAGCAAUAGCACUUUUUUAUUUCUGUUUUGUUUAACAUCUGUUAAGUAUAUUGAUGACUUUAUCUUGUUCCAAGACUUUGUGGUGAAUGGAAGUCUGCCAGAUCCUCCAAAUCUAAUGCAAAUUUCCUUAUUUGUUACAUAUGUUAAAUUUGUUGUAGUUGCUUUUUUUCGUCAACUGUAUUAAAACCUAAUUAUAUGAAGCAGUUAAAAAUUGACAAGGUUUUCACCACCAUUCAAGGUAGUAGAGGUGUAGAAGGGGCUAAAUUGUCGUUCAAAGUCUCGUAGAAGAAUUUUAUUUUUUAUUCUAUAGUCUAUAAAUUGACAUUCUCACUUAUAAGUCAGAAUUUUUGAGGAUAAUGGUAUUCUGCUGGACUAGCUUACACGAGGGGAACCACUUACAAUUUUUCUUUGUGCUCUACUGAUAGUGAGACUGUACUUUUCAAUGUCUUAGUUCAGGAAGAUGCCAGUGAACUGCAUUGUCAUUUUUAGAUUAAUAAUGGCCAAAUUCAAAGAAGAGCCUUAUCCUAUCUGCAAAUUGUUCAAAUGUGCCAUGAAAAUAUUGUCAUUUUUUGAGUCUGAAACAUCAGUACUGUUACUGGUUGGUUGUGUAGGAUCCUUCUGUAAUUCUCUGUGUACUUAACCUUGAUUUUUUCUGAAAAUAGGCUGUUACCAUGAAAGUCCAAAACCCUGGAUCUUUUUCCAUAUUCUCCAUUUUCCUCCAGAAUGAAAGGUUGGAAAAAGGUAAGAUGAAAGAAAGUGAAAGAUAACAUGUAAAGAAGGAAAAGGCUGAAUCAUUUUUGUCUGGAACUCAGCUCUGCCAAGAUACAGCUGAGUCUCAGCUUGCCUUUGAAAUUCCAGAGUGAACCUUUUCUGAGAUCUUUUAGCCAGUACUGUAGUUUAGAAUUGGCACAGCUUAACAAAGUCAAACUUUGCAUGCCAGGUACCUCAAAGCUAAAAAACUUGAUAUAAAACCUCUAUCCUCUUUAUGCUGUAAUGAUAGUCAAAACCAAUAUAAACUACAUUGUUUCACUCUUUUCACGGUAAGAGUCAAAGAAUAAGCAAAUAAAUAUUUUUAGGUGAGGCAGGAAAUAUCUUCCCAUCAAUCCAAAAUACUAAAUUGCACCCCUUCCUGCCGUACCUAGUGAGAAGACUUUCAAGUACUCUUAAAGACACAAACACUCUGAUUCACUUGGCCUGCUCUGGAUGGAUAGUUGGAUCACCACAGAAAAUGCUCUGUCCUCAUUUUCCCAUGUUUUGGCUGGGGCUUUGUUAUUUAGCAGCCACCACAGCUCAUAUAUCAAAACACGAACUUUAAUAAAACCGGGUCUUGAACCAUUCACAGAUUUAAAAAUCCCAUAAUGGAUUAGAUCCAAGAAGAAAUGAGGAAUCUGCAGCAGUAUUUCAGUUGUACUUAGUCUAAUAAUUAGUGAUUAAGCCUAAAUGAGGUGCCAGAAUUGACAUCCUAAAGAUUCCCUAAUUCAGAUGCCAUUUGGUAACUAACCACACUAUAAUACUUUCCUGUUUAACAGUAAAAUUUCCUCUUUAGUUUGCUUCUGUGCAGGCACAGAAUUAGCUCAUUUUGAGCUGAAGUGUGCAGUUCUCAUGUGGUGAGAUGAGUAUUCUUCCACCCAAGAGCCUGUGAGCAUGUUUAACCGUCCUGAGCAGGACUGAGCUUCUCACAGAAUGGAAGCAAAGUCACCUCUUGAAAAAAAAAUAGUGGUGAUGCAAACCACCUUUUAAAUAAUAGCUUGAAUGUUGGGCUGAACAAUUGAUCUGAGAUUAACUUGCUACUCAGCCUGAGGAGAUUCAAAUGCCCAUUUUUUGGCAUGCUAAUCAGUGGAUCGAACCAUCUGGCUAUAUACAGAACUUUUUAGAAAAUCUGGAUGAAAUUGUGCCACUGGGUAGGAUGGAAUUCAAAAUUCCUGAGACCAGAAAGAUCACAAGAAAAAAAUGUCUCUGCAACAGAUAAGAGGUUUUUUUUCCUUGAAGAUGGUGGUGAGGGCUUCAGCUGUGGGCGAAGUUAGGAAAUGAACUGAUACUGUCCACUUUUUUGAUAAGUAUACUAACUAUGACAUCUUAGAUAAAAGAAGUGAGCCAUUUCACUACUACCACAACUUCUGCAUUAAAUAAAAUAGCUAUGUAGAACCUGGACUAUAGAACAAAAGAUCUAGCUCUGCUCAGUUCUUCGACAGUUCUAGAUGUCUCUCUGCCUAACUACCAUGAAGGAUUGCUAACUUUGGCACUGUGAGACCCUAGCACUCUGGAGGAGUUUUCGGAUACGCCUCUAUGCGUAGUGUAUCCGAGCCUUCUCAGCGUCUGGGCUGUCCAGUUUGCAGUUCCGAGGCUCUUAACAGUCCCUGUGCACUGAAACCAGGGUACCUAUGAAAUCACGGGGAUGAACAACCUAAAAUGCCUUGGUUCUUUAUUAGUUCUGUUUUAGAAACUACUUGGGAGCUUGUGGAGAGCCUUAAAUGGAGGUCUGUUAUUCCGUAAUGAUGUGAGCAUUGGAAAAGAUGAGCAGUCACAUCUGGAGCCCGUGCUUUACCCUCACGUUCAGCUUCAACCAUAUAGUGAGUUAUAGUAAUCCAGGGUGGAGGUUACAGACGAAUGGAUGGUUUGUCAAGAUCGUUACGAGGGAGGAAGAAGCAUAGAGCCAGAUUAAAAAAAAACCCAACAUUUAUGUGCCAAAUGUGUCACCUGGGAUGAAUUUAGGCCUGUGGGUCCAGGUGAGCAAUCCCCACAAAAUCCUUCUUUACUUGUAGUGUGACUGGGAAUCCUGAGGCAUCUCAUGUUCUCGCUACUAAAAUCUGUUAGGCACGUAAAGUCCUGCUGCUCUGCUUUCCUGGGCUGGCAUCAUUUUGACUGUGUGGAGCAUUUUUACACCUAAUCUUUGGCUUCACAAAACAGGCAUUGCCCUUAAGAUCAAGGGCUAAUCCAGUAGCCAUCACUCACACAGGCAGCUUUGAGUUCAGCGCGUAAUAAAGCAGUUGAGACUACAUCCCUUCAAAAACAUGGCAAGAACUGUAAGUGAUGUGAUGGCGCUGCAGCUCUCCAGUGCUUCUGACCUUCUAAAUCUUUAUGCUUAUAUUCAGAGUGACCCACUGGUGGUGCCUGCUCUUUUAGUCCCUGUCAGUGUCUCCCACUGAGUACAUUGCUGUCACUUCACCCUGAAGUAACCCUCUGGCUGCUGAAAGCUUACAUCCAGGUAUUUGGCUUCCAUGAGCUGGUGUUCCUAUUAAUAUGUCAUUAUAAAAAUUAUAUAUAUAUGUAUUUGUUGAAAGGUAUCAAGAAAGAGCAACAGAGUGCUGAAUAUCAUCACCACUCUGUUGGAAUACAGGGACAUGCUGUCUCCUUCUCUGUUUUGCUGAUGGUCCUCUGUGAACACUGAAAAGGGGGCAGCAUAAACUCUGAGAGCAUGCAGGAGAGAAGUAGUAGUUACUGACUGCCCUCUCUGAGUCUUAUCGGAGACAGUUAGAUGUACCAAGAAAUUUACUUCUCUGUUUUGGAGACUUUCUUCUGUAGCUUACUGUAUCAAAGUCACUGCAGAGAUCUCACAGAACACAGAGGUAUCUUACUUGUGCCAGGGCCUUGGCGUAUGUAAAUUGGAGUUCCCAGGGCAGCCUUUGGUCUGAGUCCUGGUCUGAACUCGUGAAGGUUCAACAGCGGACCAAUGUCAUGUUGCUGGAAUUUAUUUUAAUACUUUCAUAGUAGUUUUUCCCAUGUUGUUGGCAAUCGCUAAAGGCAUGACUGGUGUGCUUUUGUGGAGGAGAAGUUGAUCAGUUCCAUCAGUUAUGGGUAUAAUUGUUCUUCAGUGCCUUUGACAAGACAGCAAUGACAUGGAUCCCAUACACGGAUAAUGCUAAUGUCUUCCGGCAGCAGCUUGCUUUGUAGUUUAAACUUUUAUGGUUUAGGGCAACUUGGCUCUGGACCAGAACUUUAAUGUUUCUUUUUCAUGUUUAUGGAAAUAAGAAGUGAAUAUUCUAGUCUUGUGAAUAAGUCCAGUGAGGCUUUGGCUAAUUUUCCUUUCUUAAUAGUAUCAUUUCAGUUCAUAAAACUUGUAUUACUGUAAUAAGGAGCCACAAAAUAAAGACUGCAAGUCUGUGAGGUAAAAUUCCUAUGUUUGGGAUCAGUGCUGUUGCAACGAGAUACUACUUUUCCAAAGAGCUAGUGUGAAUGUAGAAGAUCUGCCUAUUUUUUCACAGAGUUAUUUUUAAAAGGUGGAAAUAUUGUUUAGUUACUGUGAUACCUGAAAAUGAGGAUUCUCUGCCACUGAACUUCUGUAUGAUUUCUCAGACUGCCUUAAGUUCUCUUUAUUGAUUGUGAAAUGUCUAGAGAACUGACUAAACAGAAGAAUCAGUCUGGAGAACUAAAUGAAAGACACUUGCUUUCCGGUUCUUGACUUGCUGAUCAAUGCUUUUCUUUUGUUGUGCUAUAUUUUUAAAGAUUAUUUUUCUCUAUGGUCCUGCUGUAAUGCAGUGUUGAUCUUCGUUGCUGCAAUAGCACAGCAGGCAGAAGGACUACAGCCAAAGUCAACUUAGUCCUUUGAAACUGAUGUCAAAGAGAUGGUAUGUUUGUUAAGGAACUGUCAUGUACCCUCUUAGUUAAAUGCAUUUGUAAUUUUGCAAUAUGUGGUGUUAAAGCUGAAAUAAAAUCUAUCUCAGUAUUUAUUGAAACUGAUAUGCUCAUGUAUUGUGCCAGAUUCAGCAGCUCUGACAAACCAGCUAACACAUUCGGCAUUAGUAAAUA